GUGCAGAGAGAAGUCUGAGGGCGGAUGAUUCGACGGAGCGGAAGUCUUCAACGGUCGAUUUGUCCAGUGCGGAAGUCUUCGACGGAGCGCAGAGAGAAAUAGAGGCCAGACCAGACGACGGAGGAACGGAGCGACGGAGCUGAGGAGCGGCAGAGACGAAGAUGAAGGUGUUGCCAUGGGAUGGCGUUUGAAAUCGCCGGAUAGCGUUGAAGAUGGUUCUCGAUGCGGGGAAGAAGGUCUCGAUGAAGGUGUCCCAGUGAAAAUGAUGAAUGUUAGAGGCCUUGCAGACUUGAAGAAGAAGAAACCCUCCAAGGGCCCGAGGGGGACGGACGCCGGUGUCCCAAAACCCGCCGGUGACUUCUUCAAAAAACCGGAGGGGCCGUCGGCGGGCCCAAGCGCUGAUGCUGCUGCUGCCGCCAAAAGGAAGGGCUCGGGCAGAGAUCCCGAGGGCAAGAAGCCCAAGACCGGGGAUACCGGGAAGAAAUCCCCCCCGGUGAUCAUUGUUGAUGAAGGCCCUGCCCCCGGGCCAGAUGAGGACAUGCAGGUGGGGAAGGUGCCGUCGGGAGUUCAGGGGCCAUCUUCCGAGGUCCUCAUGGUUUCCCUCCCGGCUGGUACGGCCGUGAUGAAUGGUACCGCCGACCCGAGGGCGCUUCUGCGAGGCAUCACCCUCGAGAUUGACAGGGUUGCCCUCGGGGCUGAUGAAGACGAAGCCCUCGAGGACAGGAUCCUCCGGUCCUCCCUUACAACCUGCAUUGCCCUCGGGGAGCAAGCCCGGCGGCUAGAGGAGUGGCGCCUUCGCAAGGCCGAGCAGGAGGCCAAGAUGCGGGAGCUCAUCCGCCAGAAUGCAGACGCUGUGCGGCAGAUGGCCAUGCUGGAGGAGAGCCUUCGGCAGAUGACCCUGCGAGCGGAGGCCGCGGAUCGGGGUAGGGCAGAAGCCGAGAGGUCCGCAGCUGAGGCCUUGGAGAAGGCUGCCAAGGAAGCCGAGGCCGCGAAGGUUGAAGCCGUCGAGAGAGCCCGGGAGGACGCAAUCUCGGGGUUCUUGGCAGGGGGAUGGCGGUCCGAGGAGCACAAGCAAUGGCUGUCCUCGGUCGUCGAGUCCUCGGUCGACGAGUGGUGCGAUGGGCCUGGCGUGGAGUGGGUUUCCCGAAAGGGUAAACAAUACUACGAUGGGGGCGAGUUCUUCACUCAAGCCCUCAUCUAUCGGAGGAUGGCUCGCCACUUGAAGAUCGAGCCAAAGGACUUUGACCCGGCAGCAUACGGGCUCCCCCCCCCUGCAGCCAGACAUCCGCGUUCCUCUUCCCCCCGAUGUCGAGAGGCCAGACCUAGAGGACUCUGAGCUCAUGAAGGAAGCCGAGGGCGACGAACCUGAGGCCGACGCAGAAGUGACCUCGAAGCCAUCGGGGGAGGCGGCCCCCGGGAGUAACAUGAUUUGAUAUGUACUUUUUAUCACGUAAACAUACAUUUGUAAUGAUGACAUUAUUUAUCCCUCG